AUGAAGAUAUUGUUAGAUGACUAUAUAAUUGAUGAAAUACUUUCACUGGAAGACGACCAAAUGGCUUUGCGAGAAGGCAGCGGUUCAAAAACUCAGCCGCUGUCUGUUAGCUACACAUGUAACGACAAGUUGACCGCUAUAUCUUCGCCUCGUCACGGCGCAGGAACACCACAUAGUGGUCGCAUAUCGAAUAAUGGAAGCCCAGGUGGUGUUUCUGGUUCAAGUCGGUCCCCGAUUGGGAUACCAAUAAAUUCUUCCUUUCGUCAGGUGGUUUCAUCAAGUGCACCGGCCAGUAGUAUUGAUAUGGAGUCUUUGGUUCGUGGUGCUAACAUUGAAAUCGCUAAUGAAUCUGACUAUCGGGAUCGAAGGAAAAAGGAUAUUCAUAAUAUGAUUGAACGAAGACGACGUUACAACAUUAACGAUCGGAUAAAGGAGCUUGGUGGGAUGCUUCCAAAACAUUCGGCCGAAGAGAUGAAGUUAAACAAGGGCACUAUUUUGAAAGCGUCUUGCGACUAUAUUCGUCAGUUGCGGAAGGAACAUGAAAUUUUGCUUCGUCAACAUCAGCAGCAAGCCCGAAUGGAGCAAACGGCUAGAAUUUAUGCUGAGAGAGUUAAGGAACUGGAAGAACAGUUACAGAAAAAUGGAAUUUCUGUUCCUCCGUCGUCGCAAGCAUUACCUCCAAUUCCAUCUCUAACGUUGACAACUCAACGGCCGAUAAAACAGGAGCCUUUUGACGAUAUAUCUCCGUCAUCAUCACAUACUCCGACCGGAAGCAUUGUCGGUUCCGUCAAUUAUUUAUCUUCUACGGGAUUUGUUUCACAAUUAUCUGACAACACAGCUGCAAUGGCUAUUAGCGGCAUCAAUUAUCACGUGCAGAAUAGGUCGAAUGAAAAUGGAGGCUUGUUUAGUCCGCGUGAGUACAGCAUAGACAGAAAUCUUGAAAACUGCAGUUCCCCUGAGCAACCAUCAGUAACUGCAUUGGAUUGGAGGCAUGGUCAUAUAUCGUCUUUGCCAACUCAGCAGCAACCGUUGCCUGAUCUCGUUAUGGAAGAUCUGAGCUCAUACCAUUCUCCUGACCCAUUACUUCAGGGAGAUCCAAUGAUAUCUGCAGCAGGAGGUGGUCCAUCGCCACAUGGUUCACAUAUUCCUAGUCAAAUGUCACCUGAUGUACAUUGGGAUCGAGCAAAUUUCUCACCAGACAACCAACAAAGUCAAAAUUCUGGCCUUGCUGUAUAUCAGCAUCCAACGAAUAUGGAUUUCUCAUAA